CAAUUGAAGACAAGUGAGGUUAAAAAUAUCACCCGAAUGGGAAUAACGGUGUUCUUCUCCCUACCAACGCCGCAUGAAGCGGCCGCCGCAGUGCAAGUAUUCAAUGGCUUUGCAAUGAAAGGACGAGUUUUGCGAGCAAAAAUAGCUGGGCCAAAACCACGCGAAAUUAAUACUGCAUACGUACAGGAAUCGGGUGGCGAGCAAGUGAGACAGACAGCUCGGGAACGCGUGACGCCUUUGGCUGAUAAGCCAUACAGUGAGCAGCUCGAAAUCAAAAUGAACGACCUAAAACGAACAGCAGCAAAUUUUGUCAAGGGUAUGAUAGACGCACGUGUUCAGGGUGCCAACGAAAUCAACAUUGAUGAACUCAUUGAGCCGAUUCGUCCUUCGCCUCGUGUCACAGCAUAUCGAAAUAAAUGUGAAUUUACGAUUGGCAGAGAUAUUGAUGAGAACGUCUGCGUUGGUUUUGUCGGCGGUCGUUUCAGUCAGAAUCAGCAUUAUGUGGUACCAGUGGAUUCUUGUGACAACAUUUCAUCGCAUAUGAAGCGAGUUGUCAAAGCUUUUGAACGAUUUGUUAUCGAAACCGGUGAAGCGCUUGGCUGUGACAUGAUGAUGAUUGUGACGGUGUUCCCAACCGAGGACAGUGAGCGUGAAAAGGAACUAAUCAGACUGGUGGAGGAGCGAUUUCUUGACUUGAAUAAUUUCUUCGAUGAAAACAGUCGCUUUCGGGUUACCUCACUCUACUGGCAGCGUUUGGCCAAUGCCAGUGACCCUCCUGUUUAUGAACACAUUGCAGGUGCGCCAUACAUUUAUGAGAUGAUUCUGGGUUCACGUUUUCGGGUCUCACCUUCCUCGUUUUUCCAAACAAACAGUGCCGCUGCUGGUGUGCUGUACAGAACGAUUGCCGAGAAAUGUGGACUCUGUGAAAGUGGAUAUUUGCGGACAUUGGGAAAAGCAAACACAGGUGCUGGAGCGUCAGGAAAAGAUGUUAAAGAGCGCCCAGGAAACGAAAAAGAACUGGAUAAGAAGCGAAAAUGUGAAACGGUAAUGAGGGUUUAUUAA